AUUAGUACUGAAUCACAAAACCUUCACAGAGCCUUGUGCAGCAGCUAGCAAACAACCAUGGCGGAAUAUCAGAACACGGCGAGAGAUGCUGCCCCUGCCGUGGUGGUUGUCGGCCGGCAGUUCACCGUUCCGUACGCCAUCAAUUUAACGCUCACCGACACUAGCCGUUUGUUCUCCACGAACGACCUUUACAAGGUCAAAGACACCAACGGCGACUUGGUUCUCAAGGUGAAUGGUUUCUUCUUGAGCACCCGCUGCCUCCUCCUCGACGCCGCCGGCGCCCCUCUCCUCACCAUGAAGCCGAAGGCAUUCAGUAGGCACGAAACAUGGAACGUAUUCAGAGGAGACAGCACCAGCCCGAACGAUCUGUUGUUCAAAGUGCGAGCCUCCAAGAUAUUCCAGCGGAAGAACAACUUUGAUGUGGUCUUGGCCACCAACACCCGCGAAGGUGCCCCCUGUGACUUUAAAAUAAUUUCAAGAAGCAAGACAUGCACCAUUUGUAUUGGCGAAACUGAUGAAAUCAUAGCUCAAAUGAAUCGCAAGACGGUAGUUUUUGCAAGUGAAAAAUUGGAAAUAACAGUGAAUCCGAAUCAGGAUUUCGCCUUCAUUGUGUCGUUGAUAGUCAUCCUCGAACAAAUCGAGAUAAGUCGAACAGCUGUUUAAGGGGAGUUGAUGGAGGAGGCUGGCUGUGCGAGUACAAGGGCAAUUGGAGGAGGCAGGGUAAAAAGAGAAUUAUUCAAACUUCAAAAUUAGAACGUAGUACUUAUUUUCUUUAUUUAUAUGUAUAUCACGGGAAAUCAAUUAAUGAAGAAUUUUAUUAUUCUUUUACAUCUGUCCUAUUGUGUACCUUCUUUCUCUUGUAUGGUGCUGUGGAUAUAUGAUAAUUUAUACUGGAAAUCUGAAUAGAAAAAAAAAAGAAGAAGAAUUUUAUUGUGCA